GAAUGACCCAGAGUCUGGCCGGGCGCAAGUUCCGACAUGUGCAAAGGCAACCAUCCACGCCAUGGCAACAAGGGGACGGCGUUGUGUGCCGUCAUUCACACGCACGGGCCACGAUUACACUUAGCGCCUGUGUCUGUCCAAAGCGAGCGCAGUGACGCUCUCAACACCACUCGCUGCCGACCUGUUUACUCCUUUGUGAGCUAAGCACUCAAUCUCUUUCCCCCUCCUACAACCUUCUACAACCCCCUCUCUUCAGGCGCCGACCUGCCAUCAAAGUUGCCCCGCGGUUGCCAUUUUCAAUCACCCCGCACAUCACAGCAGUACCUUUUCGCAAAUCUAUGCUCUGGGAGAAACCUUCGCUGUUCCUCAGUAUCUCCUCCCUCUUCUCCUUCGAGUCCUCGUAGGAAGCGGACACGAUGGGUCAGACUCUCUCCGAGCCUGUCGUUGACAAGCACUCAGAAAAUGGCGAGGGCCAAUCGCUCAUCUUCGGUGUGUCUUCGAUGCAGGGCUGGCGCAUCAGCAUGGAAGACGCCCACGCAACCAUCCUGGACCUCCAAGUCGCCCAGGAAGGCGGCAACCCCACGGACGCCGACAAGCGACUGGCUUUCUUCGGUGUCUACGACGGCCACGGCGGCGAUAAGGUGGCUAUAUACACCGGCGAGCACCUGCACUCCAUCAUAGCAAAGCAAGAGUCCUUCAAGGCAGGAGACAUAAAAAAGGGUCUCCAGGACGGCUUCCUGGCAAUCGAUCGCGCGAUACUGAGCGAUCCCAAGUAUGAAGAGGAGGUCUCUGGCUGCACUGCCACAGUUGCUGUCUUGUCUCAGAACAAGAUCUACUGCGCCAACGCGGGUGACUCGCGUACCGUCUUGGGUGUGAAGGGCAGAGCAAAGCCGCUCUCAUUCGACCACAAGCCCCAGAACGAAGCCGAGAAGGCGCGUAUCCAAGCCGCCGGAGGCUUCGUCGACUUUGGCCGUGUCAAUGGCAACCUCGCCCUGUCGCGUGCGAUAGGCGACUUCGAGUUCAAGAAGAGCGCCGACCUGCCCCCUGAGCAGCAAAUCGUCACGGCGUUCCCAGACGUUGAGAUACAUGACAUCAACCAAGAUGAUGAGUUCCUGGUCGUGGCUUGUGAUGGUAUUUGGGAUUGCCAGUCUUCCCAGGCGGUCAUCGAGUUUGUUAGGCGUGGAAUUGUGGCGAAGCAGGAUCUUUCUUCUAUCUGUGAGAACAUGAUGGACAACUGCCUGGCUUCCAGCAGUGACACUGGCGGUGUGGGUUGUGACAACAUGACUAUGACUGUUGUUGGUCUUUUGCAGGGACGGACGAAGGAGCAGUGGUACGAGGACAUCGCAAAGAGAGUGGCUAAUGGAGAGGGUCCAUCCGAGUUUCGUGGUCCGGGAGUCCAUCACAGUAUUGAUGAUAGCCCUGAUGACAUCGAUAUGGAUCUUGACCACCGAUUCCGCCCAAGCAGUGGUGGCCGUGUCAUUCUUUUGGGUGAUGGAACAGAAAUUUCGACCGAAGCGCCCGACAAUGAGAUGUUUGAUCACGAGGAUGAAGACAGGGAUCUCGCGUCGCAAGUGGACAAGUACAACAGGGGGUCAAGCGGCGCCGCCCAGGAGGUGACUGAAUCCCCUUCUUCGGUGCAGACAGAGAAGUCUGACGCCCCUGAGCCACAAUCCAAGGUGUCCCAAAAUCCAGACGUAAGCGGCAGGUAG